GUCACUGCAAGGGGAGGGGGUGUUGAUAUGCACUACGUCAGGAGGGCUUCCGGUGGUGUGACCCGGUUAGUGUGACAGCUAGAGAGCAGAGAAGCCGACUUGGAGGUGAGGUAUCGGCAACGAGAAUCGAAGAAGAGGUGAGAAUGCCGGAGUCACAAGACAAGGUGGCAUAGGAAAUGGCAGAGAAUGGCACUGAUUGUGAACAGAGGCGUGUUGGAAUGGCUAAAGAACAAAACAAUGGAAGCUUUCAAGACCCCUCCUUUUUGAGUGAUAGGAAGAGCAGGGACAGAGAAGAAAGACAAAGUAUUGUUCUCUGGAGAAAACCACUAAUUACCUUACAGUAUUUUAUUCUCGAAGUCCUAAUAACCUUGAAGGAUUGGAGCAUAAGAUUAUGGCACCGUCGGAUGAUGGUGGUGUCUGUUUUAUUGCUGCUUGCAGUUCUUUCAGUAGCGUAUUAUAUAGAAGGAACACAUCAACAGUAUGUGCAGUAUGUUGAGAAAAAAUGUUUAUGGUGUGCCUACUGGGUAGGCUUAGGAAUACUGUCCUCGGUUGGACUCGGAACAGGUCUUCAUACCUUUCUACUUUAUUUGGGUCCGCAUAUCGCCUCUGUGACCAUUGCUGCUUAUGAAUGUAACUCAGUAAAUUUCCCAGAGCCACCUUAUCCUGAUGAAAUUAUAUGUCCAGAUGAAGAAGGCACAGAAGGAGCCAUUUCCCUUUGGACAAUAAUAUCAAAAGUGAGGCUGGAAGCAUGUAUGUGGGGAGCUGGCACAGCCAUUGGAGAAUUACCUCCAUAUUUUAUGGCCAGAGCAGCUCGGCUUUCCGGAGUAGAAACAGAUGAUGAAGAAUAUGCAGAAUUUGAAGAAAUGCUUGAACAUGCCCAGACUGCACAGGACUUCGCAACACGUGCAAAAUUAGCUGUUCAGAAUCUUGUACAGAAAGUUGGAUUUUUGGGGAUCUUGGCUUGCGCCUCUAUUCCCAACCCCCUAUUUGAUCUGGCAGGAAUUACAUGCGGACACUUUCUCGUCCCUUUCUGGACUUUCUUUGGCGCUACCCUGAUAGGCAAAGCCAUCAUAAAAAUGCACAUUCAGAAGCUCUUUGUUAUCAUAACGUUCAGCAAGCACAUUGUGGAGCAGAUGGUGUCCCUAAUCGGGGUUAUUCCAAGCAUCGGUCCGUCUCUACAGAAACCCUUUCAGGAAUAUCUGGAAGCUCAGCGGAAAAAACUGCAUCAUAAAGAAGACAGCGGAGCCCCUCAGAGUGAGAACUGGCUAUCGUGGGCGUUUGAGAAGCUGGUGAUCAUUAUGGUUUUCUAUUUCAUUCUGUCCAUCAUCAACUCCAUGGCACAGAGCUAUGCCAAACGGGUGCAACAGAGAAAGUUAUCUGUAGAGAAGACUAAGUAAAGGGAUUACACCCAGGGGAUUGGGAAGCAAGGGAGGGGGGUGGUAAAGGGGAUAAAAGAUGAUGCUUCUAAGUGGAACUUCAACUGACAUGAUUAACUGUUAAAUACAAAUUACUGAAUCUGGAACACAUUUAAAAAAAGAACAUUAUUUGUUACAAGUUAUUUUUGAUUUUUUUUCACAAUAUAAAAAUCAAUUGAUGUUCAGAGAUGUCUAUGUGGAAAAGUGAGACACACCAUUUUCAUGGCCUAUUUUUCCUAUGGCACGUUUUCCCUAACAGUUCAAAUUCUCCCUUAAAGCUUUGAAUAACAGAAAGGUUUGCAAACCUUUUUUUUUCUCCACUUAAGGGGCAAACUUAUUGGGUACUAUAAUGACGAACUAGGGCAAUGCAGAGCAUUGGUCUCUAGACCCCUUCAGAUUUUAAAGAAAAAUGAAGCUGAAAAAUGAAGUUAAAAUACUAAACCAUUGCAGAUAUUUCUGUCUUAUUGGAACUGGAUGUGCUCCUUUCAUGUCUGUAACUUUAUUCUGGAAGGCUACAUUGGUGGAUUGCUGUGCAGUCUGUUGUGCCUCCAUCCAGAUCUCUUAAUACGUUUAUAAUGUUUGUGGAACUUCAGAAACAAAGACUAAUUACUUUUCCCAGUGUCUUAAGUAUCAGUUUCCUGGCCUAUACUUGUACAUGAAUAUAACUAGAGGCUUUCACUGCAUUUGGAUAUAUUCUGGGUAAUUUGGCUAUGACCUAACACAAGGCAGACGCCCUGCUGGUAUAUUUGUAUGUGAAGAGCCAACAGGCGUUUUAAUCACCUUAUGUGAAAUAUUGCAGAUUUGGCAAGAACUGGUGCAUAUUGGGUUAUUCUCUCUUGUAAGGGGAUGCCAGCAUUGGAAGGGAAUAGUAAUCAGUGAUGUCACUUCUUUUUACUGAAACCAUCACACAAGGUUGGUACCUGUCCAAUUCUGUAAGAAUGACAUUGUUUUUUUUUGUUUUUUUUAUAUUCUGUACAUAUAGAAUGGAAAGCUGAAACUGAACUUUAUAAAAGCCACCUUUGAUCAUUCCAGAACUUCUUGUGUCAGUUCUUCCUUGUACAUUUACCACUCCUUUGUCAUCUGUGCUGCGUUUUAUAUUUCCAUUGCAUUGAUCCCUUCUGCCUCCACUCCCUUCGGAGUUACGUUUGUUGCGUGCAUGUUAAUCCUCCCUGCAGAAAACCCUUUUGUCUGUGAUUUCUCAAUCCUUUUUGCCUUGCAGAAGCAGGAAGCAGGAAGUGUGUGCUGAGCUUCUGGCUCUGCCUUUAGUACUGACCUAAUGAUGCAGCUGCCUUCCUAGAAAACUUAUUCACAGCUCCAUUUGCUAUCUUGCCCAAGCUGAGUCAUUGGGAGUCACAUUAACUCAUAAGUACACACUUUGUCUUUCAGACUUUGUCCUUCCCAACUGGGAUUAUCCAGGCAUUGUGCUUGCACCCUGUCUGCCCAGUUUGCAAGCUAUUUGUCCUGCAGCCAGUAUAUAACUAGGAAACCAGUGACUAGAUUUGUGUUGUAUUUUGUUAUGUGUGGAACCUUUGAUUUUCCUGAAACUUUUCACACAGUAGCUACAAACAUUUCCUUUAAAUUCGUAUAACUGUGUCUUCACAAACUGACACAUUUGACCCAGACUGUACAAUUAUCUGCUCUAGGAGCAGAACUUUUUCUCAUCUCUCUGGCGUUUACCUUUGCUAUUCUACAGUUAUUCUGCGUUCACUUGUUGUGCUUCUGAUUCUAAUUGUUGGGAAAGUUUCAACUUGGAUCUUUAACGUUUCAGUGGCGCACAAGCUUUUUUUUGUGUGUUUAUGUGUUUGUUAAGUCAAUGGCUGUAUCCUCCUUUUUGAGUACAAACAUGCCUAGUGAGUGAGUCAGCAACUGAUGACGCAGAUGGGACUGUUUUGCUAUUGAAUUUCUGCAGAAAAGGUACUCAGGCAUUAUCAUAAACAAAUAACAUUACAUAUGCUGCUUAAAACUACACUUAAAGGGGCAGAUCACUGUAAGAUUAACUUUUAGUAUGCUGUAGGCAACAUUGCUUUAAUGUACUUUUUGUUCUGUAAUCUUCAGGUUUAAAAUGGAAACUAGAAUGCUAGGAUCUAUUUACCAUAGCAAUCAUAAAGACUGCAAAAUGAAUAGGAAACCUAAGUGUUACAAAAUAAGGAUAGCAGAACUAAAGCCUCAAGGUUUUUUUAGUUGCCAGGCCUAAUGAACCUAGCAACCAAGGGGCAUUUUUAUCUACAGGCUGUAAAGAGACAUAAUAGGAAGGCUAAUCAUUGAAACAACAUAAAAGUAUCAAGUGAAGACCAACAUUAACUUACCCUUUAAUUUUAAAUAAAAAUAUUUUUAUAAAUAGGCAUUUCUAUGAGGUAUCCUGUUUUUUUUUUAUUUUCAUCUGCAUUAUGGGAUCUUUUGUGAACCUAGAAAAGCAAAUGCAGAAUACAGUGAUUAUUUUUAUUUAUUUUGACUUUUCACUGCAGUUUGUUCUGUUUGCUGUGUGCUUCCUAAUGUAUUGUAUCAAAGUGCUUUAUAAUAAAAGGUCAGUAACCAGCAGUGCAUGCUCCAAACAGGUCAUUCCCAUCACCUGCUCUUUACCUUGCCCAUAUCGUCGUGACAUCUUCAUGGCUGUACCAUCCUGUCGGAUAGCUUAUCAGACUGAUGUUGACUGUUGGAUGUCAUGGCAACAACAGUCGGUAGGCUGUCUGACAUUUUGGUGUCUUUCACGUGACCAACUGUUUUCAUCAUUCGCUUCUGUUUCUUUGGUUUGUCACAGUUAUUUCAAUUGUCUGUGUUUAUUUUUUUCCAGUACAGCUUCCCAAUAUAAUAAAGUUCUUAACAUUAAACAGCUAUAAGAUUAAAGGUAUACUGUCAUCAAAAUUUAAAAAAAAAGUAUUUUGUUGUAUAAAAUUUUUUGUAGCAACCAAGCAGUGGUUUGAAUGAGAGACUGAAAGAUGUAUAUAAGAAAAGUAAUAAAAAUGAAGGCUAAAAAUAACACUAUAGCGUUACAGAUCUAUAGUUUUUGGCUGCCAGGGGCAGAAGAGGAAGGCAAAUAAUUAAAAAAAAAAAAAAAAA